AUGUCCGCUGGCAAGUAUCGACCCCCCCUUCCGUCCGCGGGUAAGGCUGGUCAACAGCCAAAUGGCGCCUCACUUGUGUCCAUCGAAGAGCGAUACUUCACACCUGCGGAGGUUGAACAGCACAAUGGCCCAGAAGACUGCUGGCUUUCGUGGCUUGGAUAUGUCUAUGACCUCACGGCACUUGUAGACGAAAGAAAGGGAGACCCUCUACUCUCUCCAAUACUGAAGAAUGCUGGGAAGGAUAUUUCUCAUUGGUUUGACUCGGCGACUGGGGAUUUGAAGCUGCAAAUCAAUCCCUUAACGGAAUGCACCACCCCAUAUACUCCCGAAGGCCGUUUCCUUCACGUACCACCACCGCUGCCGCAAUCCGAUUGGGCCAACAAAGUGGACAGUAAAUCAGGUUUACCCUGGUGGCUCGACAAAUCGGUUUACUGCGUCGGGCGACUCAGUCAAAAGACACGGAAGAUAAGGGUUGUAAAUACUCUGACCAGAGAUGAGCAUGUUUUAGAGAUCGCAUCGGAGGAGAGGCUAUCCGCAAUACAGGAUAGAUACCUUUCUUUCAAUCAACAUGCAAAAGGAUACAUGUGGAAGCGUCAAGGGAAGCUUCUCGAUAUGGGACAGACGUUACAGGAGAACGGGUUGGCGGAUGAGACGUGGAUGUUUGAAGCUACCGGGCUUGAUGAGGAGGAAUGGUUGCCAGCCGUGCAUCUUUACUUCAGGUGGGUUACAGGUCAGUAUAGAAUCAUCUCGUUCCUUCGCUGA